CUCAGACAUCCGGUCAACCUUCGACAAAGCUUGACCACGUCCACCAUCUUCUUCUCUGAUAGUGCUGGGAUCGAGUUUUACAGCACAUGAGGUCUGUUCCGUUGGUUUCAACUCAUUCUUCGUCUCGUCCUCGACCGUCAGUCGGAAUUAGCCUUGCCACUAUUCGUCUCUGUUCCGUCCCGCUCCAUCAUUUAUCAAGCCGAAUCAGAAAUGUCUUCCACGUCGUCAAGCUCAGCGUUCAGCGACGAUACGUCCACGCUCAAAGCUAGCGACGAAAGAACGCCACUGCUUGCUGCAGUGGAAUCCACUCCAAUCGCCGAGGCUGUGGAUGCGUCCGCGCAAGAAGAUCACCAGGUCACCCAGGCAGACGAGGACGCACCGCUUCCGCGCGCUCAAAUAUUUCUGCUCUGUUAUACGAGGGUCGUGGAGCCUAUUGCUUUUUUCGCCAUUUUCCCAUAUAUCAAUUCGAUGAUUGAGAAAGUCGGAGGCGUCGAUAAAGAGGAUGUUGGCUUCUAUUCCGGACUGAUUGAAAGCUUGUUUUCGGCUACUCAAAUGUGUGUGAUGAUAUUUUGGGGCAAGGCUUCCGAUCGCUUCGGGAGGAAACCAGUUCUUUCUCUCUCGCUCUUUGGAGUCACUUUUGCUACUGCAUUAUUCGGACUAAGCCAGUCGAUUUGGCAGAUGAUCCUCUUCCGCUGUCUCGCAGGGGUCUUCGCUGGCACAAUAGUGACGGUACGCACUAUGAUUACGGAAAACAGUACGAAGAAGACCCAAGCUCGAGCAUUCAGCUACUUCGCAUUUGCGGGAAAUCUGGGCAUCUUUACCGGACCAUUGAUCGGCGGCGCCCUAGAAAGACCAGCAGAGAAGUUCAAGUCCAUUUUCGGUCGUGUUCGAUUCUUCCGAGACUAUCCAUAUGCAUUACCCGGGUUCACUUGCGCUUUGAUUGGCCUCUCUGCAGCGGUCCUUACGACACUUUUCGUGAAAGAGACACUGCAUAUUCAUCGCGACAAGAAAUCUGAUGAGCCUCCCAUGUCCACAUGGGAACUGAUCAAACACCCUGGCAUUCCCCAAGUCAUCGCAAUAUACAACUAUGCCAUGCUAUUAGCGUUCGCAUUUACAGCUGUGUAUCCGGUAUUUAUGUACACGCCUGUCUAUCUAGGCGGCAUUGGAUUCCCCCCUGAAUUGAUCGCCGCCUUCAUGGGCCUCGGAGGAGCCUCUCAAGCUCUCUGGCUUCUCUUAGCUUUUCCACCCCUACAUAGUCGGAUCGGCACCGGAGGCAUUCUUCGGCUAUGCUCUUGGGUCUGGCCACUCAUGUUCAUGGUGGAUCCCAUUUGCAACGUAUUUCUACGCUACAAUCUGAAGAUCUCCUUCUGGAUUUUAUUCCCCACCGGCAUGGUGCUUGGUAGCGGAGUGGCCAUGGCUUUCACGGCGGUACAGCUCACGAUCAAUGAUAUGGCACCCUCGCACGAGACUUUUGGGACUCUGAAUGCUAUCGUAUUGGCACUUCAAAGCGGACUUCGAGCAAUUGUUCCUGCUGUCUCGACAAGCAUUUAUGCCACGGGUGUCCGAUACCAUAUUGCCGGCGGCCAGCUAUUCUGGAUACUUCUAAUCCUGGUAGCCUUCGGUCUCAUCUUCCUUUUGAGGAUUCUACCAGAGAAGGCCGAGGGUAGGCCUCAGCGCGAAGACAACGGGCAGGCCUAAGGAUGACCACAGCUAUCACAUAGCUUCUGCCGGAAGGACUCCAUCCAUCAACCUAGCAGGCUCAAAAACACAAGAAGAAAAUUUUAUAAAAAAACUCAUCGGGCGGUGAGCCGGCGAGACGUCCUGCUGAGUGAAAGCUUUCAUGG